AUGGCAGACUCCACCUCGGGCCAGAUCCGCACCUUUGCAGUCAAACCAGCAAGAAAUGUCUUGGUGAACAUCCAGUGCUUAUGUUGUCUCUGGCUGGCUGUACUUGCAGCGCUCCCUCCUGAAUGUGCACCAGGCGGCCACUCCGUCCUCCAGAACCCCUACCGCAGCACCACCUUCAGCUCCAGCUGGCUGCAGCAGUCGGCCCUGCAGGACUUCAUCUGCGACCAUUCCCUCACUCCGGGCUGGUACCAGUUUCAGAUUUUUGACAAGCCAGCCAGCAUGCCCACUCAGUGUGUGGAGGUGAACCACUGUGGGACCCAGGCCCCUGUGUGGCUCUCUCUGGGUGACGGUGAGACCUUGCCUGGGCCGCUGGAGGUCAGGCAGUUGACGGCCUGCGCUGCGUGGCAGUUAUACCCGAGCAGCAGCAAAGACUGCUGCUUGUUCCGCAUCCCGGUCACCGUGCGUAACUGUGGAGACUUCUAUGUUUACCUGCUGCAGCCCACACAGGGAUGCAUGGGAUACUGCGCUCAGGAGAUGUCCGACACUUUACCCACAACGCCCUGCGGCCCUGACGAGGUGAACGUCGAUGGAACAUGUAAAAACAAGCAUCCUCCCGCUCCCUCUGUACCAGUCAUUGUCUCCCAGCUGACAGGUAACACCGUCUACCUGAAGUGCAGCUUUGACAGCAGCUCCAGGAGCUCCCUGGGUUACGUGGUUGCCUGGUCUCGUCUCUCACCUGAGGGCAGGAAGGAGGAGCUAAAACAGGAGACCACCAUCCAGACCUCCGUCUUCAUCGAGCUGGACGGCUUCAACCUCCGUCUGGGGGACAAGAUUUACUGUUCCAGCUCCAGUUUCUUCUUGGACUCGCCCGACGUCCGUGGUGCUUCAGUGGAAAGUCAGGAGUUUUUUGCUGGGAUCAGGCUAAGACCUGAGGUGAGCAGUGUACCUGAGGAUGGGAGACUGUAUGAGUUGGUGGUGGAGAGCACAGUUCCUGUCCCAUGUCUGGAAGAGUCUUCCUCCUCUAUGGAGCAGUGCACUCUGUCGCUGCAGCUCAGCACAAGCAGUCGGGAUGAGGGAGUGUUGGGUGCAGAUCUGUCUCUGUCCUCCUGUGUGGUGGAGCUGUCCCGGAGCCCCUGUAGGGACGGGGUUUGUGGCCGAGCUGGGAUCCACUUCAGCCCAAUCACUGACUUUGUCAAAGAUGGCAACAGGACAACUCAGGUCUCUGUCAAAGCCAUCGUCACACAAAACUUUCUCUGGAGCGGAUACUCACCAGAACCUGUUGAGAUAACAGUAAAGGAUGUUCCCUCAGCCUAUUGCUACUCCUUCACUGAUCCUCACAUCAUCACAUUUGAUGGCAGGCACUAUGAGAGCUACCAAAUAGGCACCUUUGUUCUGUAUAAGAGCACUGUCUGGCCGUUUGAAGUCCACGUUCGUCAGUGGGAGUGCGGCAGCGUGAUGCAUGCUGCCUCGUGCGUGUGCGGCUUCGUGGCGAGGGACGGCGGCGAUGUCAUCGCUUUUGACAUGUGCAGUGGGGAAAUGGGUGAAACCAAACCUCAUCUGUCUGUGAAGAACAGGGACUUGAGCAAGAGCGGCAUUCGGAUAACGGAGUCCUACCAGGGGCGCAAAGUCACUAUGACCUUCUCAUCCGGAGCGUUUGUUCGUGCAGACGUGUCUAACUGGGGAAUGAGUCUGACGCUGAGAGCUCCCAGUUCAGACUGGAGUCACACUGAGGGUCUGUGUGGGACCUACGACGGACAGUCAGACAAUGACUUCCACUCAGCACGGGGCGCCACACUGGAGGAUCUGCAUGCUUUUAUCUCUGAGUGGAGACUCCCUCCAGGCUCCAGCCUGUUUGACACCGUGCCAUCCCAUCUGAGUACACUGAGCCCCCGCAAGUACUGUACCUGUCAGACAGAGCCCCACCUCUCCUCUCCGAGAGUACGAUCCCAACCAGUCACCUCCUCUGACUCCACCUGCUCUCAUUAUGGCAACGUGCAUCUCCUCAGUGUCAUCCCCACUCUGGACGUCACGGCCGAGUACAUCGGCUCAGUGGAGCUACUCAGAGGAAAUGAAAGACAGUCGCUGCCUCCGGGUCACUCCACCCAAAACACCCAGGAUCAAGGUGUUGACGCUCAGCUGCGUGAAAAAGGCUUCAGCUUUAGAGCCUCCAGGGAUGAGGCUUUGACCUCAGCCCAGCACCGGCGGCGCAGGGGGAGGCGGCAGACCCACCGUUACAUUUCUAACUCCCCACAUCAAAGCCUCAGUCAGUCUGACUUAGAGGGCUUUACCUACUUCUUCCCAGAGGACCACGAACCGGCAGUUCAACCAGACUCCUCCCCAACAUGGCCCACACCUUCUGGCCUCACCGAGCAGCAGGCCCGGGAUCAGUGCCAGCAGACUGUGGCACACUCAGGCAUUGCUAUAGGUUGCGGGCGCCUACUAGAGGAGUCACUAGUUAGCCACGCUGUGACUAUGUGUGUUACUGACCUACAGCUGAAGGAUGAGACGUCAUGGCUGAAUGCAACGCUGCCACUGCUGGAGAACGAGUGUGAGAGGAGGCUGGUGGAGGAGAGGAGGAGAGAAGAAGAGCACCAGGACGUUCUGGCCGUCCUCAAGUGUCCCAAUCUGUGCAACGGGAACGGCCAGUGCUCGGAGUGGGGUUGUGUGUGCUUCCCGGGAUUUGGGUCCUAUGACUGCAGCGUGCUGUCUGACCAGAUCCCAGAGAUCACCGAGUUGGAGAAGGAGGGUCUGUGUGACGUCCGACAGGGAGACUGCUCCGCCAUCCAGGUCUACGGUCAAGGCUUCAAGGACUCCUACGAGCUCAAGUGUGAGUUUGUUAAAGAAAAGUUUGUGGAUGGAGACUGGGUUCUGGACGAGCCCCAGUUUGUCCUGGCCACCUUUCUGGAUGUGACGGCCCUGGAGUGCCAGCUCCCCCUGGAGGACGGUCGGACUCCUUCAAGCCUGGACCUGGAGACGGUGAUAAACAGACCACUGGCCCGCUGGCAGAUCAAAGUAUCUAAUGACGGCUACAGCUACAGUAACGCCAAGAUACUGACUCUGUACGAUGGAGCCUGUCAGAUCUGCAGCCUCAACACCGAAAUUCUCUGUACCCUGAGGGAGAAAACCUGCAACAUUGACGGUCUAUGUUACAGUGAGGGAGAGUCCAAUCCCAGCAGCCCUUGCCUCACAUGUCGGCCGGACUCGUCCAAACACACAUGGUCCAUAGCAGAGAAGAACGCGCCCCCGGUGCUGCAGUCUCUGCCGUUUGGUCUGCGGUCCUUCAAGGGGGAGAACUUCAUCUACCAGCUACAAGCUGAGGACCCCGAGGGCUCGGCGGUUCUCUUCACCCUGAUAUCGAGUCCCGAAGGUGCAUCUCUGUCUGCGGCCGGCCUGCUGAUGUGGAAGGCCACAGCCGAAACUACAGACACGCACACGUUCCACUUCACCGUGACGGACGACUGUAACGCUGAGACCAGAGCCUCUGUGCAGGUGUCUGUGCGUUCCUGCGAAUGUCUGAACGGAGCUUCCUGUGUGACCAACGUCAACCUCCCUGUCGGCAGCGGGGAAUACCUGUGCGUGUGUCUCGAUGGAUUUAGAGGGGAGAGGUGUGAGGUGGACAUUGAUGACUGUAAACCCAACCCCUGCAGACUGGGCCGCUGUAUUGACGGCCCCAACUCCUUCUCCUGUAUCUGCCCACCUGGAAUGACAGGCCGUACAUGUAGAGAAGAUGUAGAUGAGUGUGUCUCUCAGCCUUGUUUCCCUGGGGUGAGCUGUAACAACACGCUGGGCUCCUUCAUCUGUGGAGUCUGCCCACACGGAUACAGUGGUGAUGGAAAACACUGCACCCGUAACACAGACUCUACUGUGAAAGCUGGGACCACACCGCCAAGAAUACCGCAGGUUUCUUUGAAGCCCAAACCCUCAGGCGGGUCGCCCUGCAGCAGGAGGCCGUGUCACCCCGGGGUUCAGUGUUUUGAGAGCAUCCAUGUCUCCGCAGGCUUCGUCUGUGGACCCUGUCCUCCUGGUCUCCAUGGAAACGGACGAACAUGCAGCGCAACGCCAGGGCAGGGAACAGUCGCCGACGGAGCAGAUGGACAUAUUCACAUUACCAGAUCAAAUUCCAGCAAGGAAAUGACUCCCACCACCUCCUCCUCCUCUUCGUCAUCAUCUCCCACCUCACCCAGACGAACAUCUGACAGGAGGACGAGACCAGAAGCCACCAUCUCUACCACCAGAAGAGUUUCCUCUUCGGACAGGAAGGCCACAGCGACCCCACAGAAUCAAACUGCAGCCAGCGUGUUUGCUCCCACUGUCCUCAGAGGUCAGCCGAGUGGGGUGGAGCUGACCCCCGACCUCACCACUGGGGUCAAAUGGGGGCCUCCGCCUCACCGCAUAACCUGUGCCGACUCUCCCUGCUUCCCUGGCGUUCCCUGUGAGCCCACCGCCACCGGGUCCUUUAGGUGUGGACGCUGCCCGUACGGUUACACCGGGGACGGGGUCACAUGUAAAGCUGUGUGCAGGUAUCAGUGCGGGAGGAACAUGGAGUGCUCGCUGCCAAACACCUGCUCCUGCAAAGAGGGUUACACCGGAUACAACUGUCACAUAGCCGUGUGUCGACCCGACUGCAAGAACCAGGGGAAGUGUGUGAAACCUGAUGUGUGUGAGUGUCCUGCAGGCUACAGAGGGCCCACCUGUGAGGAAGCGAGCUGCGAGCCGCCCUGUCGGCACGGAGGCACCUGUCUGGCCAGAAACCUGUGCACCUGCCCCUACGGCUACGUGGGACCCAGAUGUGAAAUCAUGGUGUGUAACAGGCACUGUGAAAAUGGAGGCGAGUGCGUUUCGCCUGACGUCUGCAGAUGCAAACCCGGCUGGUACGGACCAACAUGUAACUCAGCUCUCUGUCAACCCGUCUGUCUGAAUGGAGGAACAUGCAUGAAGCCCAACGUCUGCGCCUGUCCCAGUGGCUUCUAUGGCUCUCAGUGUCAAAUUGCUGUGUGCAGUCCGCCCUGUAAGAACGGAGGUCAGUGUAUGAGGAACAACGUGUGCUCCUGCCCCGAAGGCUACACGGGAAAAAGGUGUCAAAAGAGUGUGUGUGAGCCGAUGUGCAUGAACAAAGGCAAGUGUGUGGGACCCAACACAUGCUCCUGUGCAUCAGGAUGGAGAGGGAGGAGGUGUAACAUACCCGUCUGUCUGCAAAAGUGUAAAAAUGGUGGCGAGUGCGUUGGACCAAACACCUGCCACUGUCCCAGUGGCUGGGAAGGACUUCAGUGUCAAACACCGGUCUGUAAACAGCGUUGCUUGAACGGAGGCAGGUGUGUCCUACCUGACUACUGCCACUGUCGGAAAGGCUACAAAGGCCUCACCUGCACAGUCAAGGCCUCACAAGCAUGAUGGAAGAGAAAAGAGACGAGGAGAGAAA